AUGGACGUAGAGCUGUACGUCUACGACCUCUCCAAGGGUCUCGCCCGCCAGUGGUCCCUCCCUCUAACGGGAACGCACAUCGAUGCCAUCUACCACACCGCCAUCGUGCUCAACGGCGUGGAAUACUACUUCGGCCAUGGCAUCCAAACCGCCUCUCCGGGGAGCACACACCACGGCCAGCCCAUGGAAAAGGUCCAUCUGGGGCAGACAGAGCUGCCACCGGACUCCUACGACCUCUUCCUCCACAACUGCAACAACUUCACCCAAGACCUGGCCGUGUUCCUCCUGGGCCAGAGCAUCCCCGACCACAUCCGCAACCUGCCCCAGACGUUCCUCAGCACGCCGCUCGGCCAGAUGCUGAAGCCCCAAAUCGAAGCCGCCCUGCGCCCCGUCACCCAGGCGCCCACCAGCACACCAACCCCAACCCAAACCCCAAGUAGAGUCCACCAGGUCACCAGCCUCGCGCAACUCGACCACGAGCUCGACCUAGCCCGCCACACCGCCGCCCUCGUCUUCUUCACCUCAGCGACCUGUCCGCCCUGCAAAGCCCUCUACCCACUCUACGACACGCUCGCCGAAGAAGCCGGCCCCAAGGCCCGGCUCAUCAAAGUGGACAUCAGCGGCGCCUACGACGUAGCCAUGAAACACGGCAUCACAGCCACC